AUGGCGCUGCGUUGGACCUCUCGAGCAGCCUUCCGGCUUCUUAGCAGGCCGAGACCUGCCCUAGGGCAUGUUGUUGCCUUUCCAGCUAUUUCUUCUACUCUUGCCAAACCUGGUCGCAGCCAGCUGAGGAGAUCCUCAUUGCAACUCCGCACUUUCAGCAGUUCUUUGCCCCAUCAUGAUGCAAAGAUCGUCGUGCGAGUCCCGCAAAUGGCCGAGUCUAUUACGGAGGGAACCCUCAGUCAGUUUUCCAAGAAAGUAGGGGACUUCAUCGAGGCAGACGAAGAGCUGGCCACAAUCGAGACCGAUAAGAUCGAUGUCUCUGUGAAUGCCCCAGGGGCGGGAGUCAUCCAGCAGCUGUUUGUUGCCGAGGGAGAUGUCGUCAACGUUGACCAGGAAAUCGCAGAAAUACAGGCUGAAGAAAAGCAGUCUACAACUCAAAAUAAAAAGCAAAGCUCCACGGCCUCUGAAAUAAUUGCCAAUGCGUCGCCGAAAUCGCAAGAUGAAACCGUGAGCCACACUUCGUCACCCCCGUUGGACAAAGCGACAGCGGAGACCUUGGAGCCAAAGCCUAAGGUGACCCCUCGCGAGGAGCAUAUUCCAAAGGCAGAAAAGCCUGCUACAGAUACUUCCCCUGUUGCACAGUCCCAUACGUCUUGGGGUUUCAGGCCUUCUCGCGCAGAAGAAAAGGUGAAAAUGACUCGGAUUCGAAAGCGCACCGCACAGCGCCUGAAAGAGUCACAGGAUACCGCCGCCUUCCUGACCACUUUCAACGAAGUCGACAUGUCCCGACUAAUAGAACUCCGAAAGAAUAACAGAGAGACAGUCAUGGAAAAGCAUGGAAUUAAGCUCGGGUUUAUGGGUUUUAUGGCUCGAGCAUCCGCGCUGGCUCUGAAAGCGAUCCCCGCCGUGAAUGCAUCUAUUGAAAACGACGAUACUAUCGUGUAUCGGGAAUACGUUGACCUGAGCAUUGCUGCAUCUAUCCCGAAGGGGCUUGUCACACCUGUAGUACGGAAUAUCGAAUCCAUGGGAAUCUUGCAGAUAGAAAAAGCGAUUGGCGACAUGGUGAAGAAGGCUCGGGGUGGCAAGUUGACUAUGGAGGACUUGACCGGUGGAAGCUUCACCAUCAGCAAUAGUGGAGUCUGGGGGUCGCUCUUCGGAACUCCCAUUAUCAAUCUACCCCAGACAGCUGUGCUGGGGACCUACGGUACCAUGGACAGACCCAUUGCGGUCAAUGGAAAAGUUGAGAUUCGUCCGAUGAUGUAUAUUGCUCUGACUUAUGAUCACCGAAUCAUCGAUGGCAGAGAAGCAGUCCAGUUUUUGGUCCUGAUUAAGCAGUACUUGGAGCGUCCAGAGACUAUGAUGCUUGAGCUGUAG